UUAUAAAUGAACACACAGCAACAAAAAAUGCUCGAAGCCUAGCUUUAAACAACUGAUAGCGGAACGCGUACACUGUUUUGACCUGCCGAGACCCACGACAACACACUCGAAUGCGGAAAAUGAUGUAAAACGGGGGGAAAUCUAAACCUGAAAGGCCCCACACAGCAGCAGAGGCACAAAAUGGAAAGGCACUAACCAGAACCAGCAGCAGCACCAACAAACCCACAACCACCCAGCAGAAGCAGAAACAACCAAGAUGAAUCUGUCGUGGCGCUUUUGAGAAUCAAUCGAUCUUAGUUUGUUCGCCAACUUUCUGUUCAAGAAAGCCUGAUCCAGCUCCCACUCUCCUACUCGCACUCCCAACUCCAGUGCACUGGUAGCUGCCCAUGAUGCAUAUCAAGAGCUUGCCCCAUGCUCAUGCCCAUGCUGCUGCCACGGCGAUGAGCAGCAACUGUGACAUUGUUAUUGUGGCCUCUCAGCCGCAGACGACGAUUGCCAACAACAACAACAAUGAUACGGUCACACAGGCCACUCAUCCCGGUCAUGUGGCAGCGGCGGCCCAACAACAGCAGCAACAGCAACAGCAGCAGCACCACCAACAGCAACAGGCGCAGCAGCAACAGGCGCAGCAGCAACAAGCGCAGCAGCAACAGUCCUCUGGACCACCAUCAGCGCCUCCAGCUCCAGCGGAACUUGCCUUACCCUUCCAAAUGCAUCUGACUGGGAUUUCGGCCGAGGCGCAUAGUGCCGCUCAGGCUGCAGCAAUGGCGGCUGCCCAGGCCGCGGCGGCUCAGGCGGCAGCGGCCGACCAGCAGCAGCCACCGCCGCCGCCUCCGCCGCAUCUUGUCCACCUGGCCACACACAGCCCGACCAUGUCGAAUGAUCACUAUUUAGCCAAUGGCCAUGGCGAGCACCAGGGCGAGGGGACUGGCAGUAAUGCCAACUCUGGCGGUGGCGGGGGCGGAGGAGCGAGAGACCAGGAAAAGCCCUUCCACUGCACCGUGUGCGAUAGACGCUUCCGGCAGCUGAGCACACUGACCAACCAUGUCAAGAUCCACACUGGCGAGAAGCCCUACAAAUGCAACGUUUGUGAUAAGACCUUCCGUCAAUCGUCCACGCUGACGAACCAUCUGAAGAUCCAUACGGGGGAAAAGCCCUACAACUGCAACUACUGUCCCAAGCAUUUCCGUCAGCUGAGCACUCUGGCGAAUCAUAUCAAGAUCCACACGGGUGAAAAGCCGUUCGAGUGCGUCAUAUGCAAAAAGCAAUUCCGGCAGUCCAGCACGCUCAACAACCACAUAAAGAUCCAUGUCAUGGACAAGGUCUACGUUCCUGUCAAGAUCAAAACGGAGGAGGAGGAGGGGUGACUAGGACGGAUGGCGUUGGCGGGGCAUCAUCAUCAUCAGCAGCAGCACCAUCAUCAGCCGCAGCAACAGCAACAGCAUCCGCACCACCAACAGCCUCCGCAUCCGCAUCCUACUCCUCCCCAUGCACAUGCCCACCACAUCGACCAUCAGCGAGGAAUAACUAUUACCACUCUGCCCUCCACCACGUCUGUGGCGCAACACCAGCAACAACAACAGCAGCAGCUUCUUCAUCAUGGAAAUGGCAGCUCUCCCCAUCAUUUCAAUGUGGCCUCGUUGGGCGACUUGUCCAGCGCCAUGCAGCUGGGAGCUGUGACAGCGGAUGGGAACUUUGUCACCAUGAAUGGGGUGGUGGUGGGCCGCAUUCAACACACGCGCGAAGAGCUGCAGCAGCUUGGUGUGAUUAAGGUCGAGUCACCAUCGAAUGGUGUGACCACAGUGCCGACGUCUGCGGCGUCGGCAACGCAGCGCGAGGGAUGAGCUGAUCAGCUGCUCCUCGAGUACAUGUUCAAGGCGGAGGAGAAUGUCCACGAGCAGAUAGUAGAACAGGAAGAGGAGGAAGAGGGCGAGGAGCAGCGAUCGCGCAAGAAGUGAGCCAUGUUUGGUGUGUACGCUUACGUUGUUGUUAGUUGUUUAAUUGUAGCGAACAUUGUUGUUGUUGUUAAGGUUUAAGUGUGUGACUAAGAACUUACCAAGAUGAAUGUAUAGCAAAACGCUUCAAAAGUAGCUAACCGGCAGACCGCCAACACCACAGCAGCAGCACACAGCGCUCUAUGGAAAAGCAAAUCCGAAAACCCAAAAACAGAAACCAGAAAUCCGAAAAGUGAACAUCCAACCUGAAGAAAGACCAGACCCUUAAAGAACUGCUGCUGUGUGGCAGCGGAACCCCCCAGCAUCUUACACCCAACCCCACCCCGCAAUCCACUCACGAGGCAAUAGAUUAACCAAUUUCCUAUUCACGUAAAUAAACCUAAUCGUAACCCGUAACUAGGAGCAGAACUAGAAAGAAACAAAAUUUGCUUAAGUACUAAGCACACUAUUAAGCGAAAAGUCAUUGCGUUAAGUCGAUAAAAUGUGAAAUAAGUAAAGCGUAAACGAAACUAAACGAAAACAAGAGAAAAGAAAGUAAAGAAAAGUAAAAUAGCUUCACAAAGUGCAAACACUUUUAAAAUUUCAAUAUCUUUUUAAUCAAAACCACUUUUAGAUUGUUUUAAUUGGCAUUUAACUCUAAAGGGAAAUUGUACAGACCUGACUUAGUCAGAGUUUCCAGUGGUUUAUUUGAUCUAUUUUUGUAAAAACUUUCGUUCAGUAACAACAGAAACAGCUUGUGAAACGAUUUACACGGGUGUUCUGCGGUCUGGGUUUACACAAAUCCAAUUUGUUUCAUUCAAUUCCUAGCAUAAUUAUUUAAAAUGUUAAUCUUAAAGGAGAAAAACCGAUAAUGAGAAAACCGCUAACAAAAAAAUUCUUAUAGUUUUAAGAGGUCGAAAUGCAGAGCCAUAGUUUGUAAUGAAACGUUUUGUUAAUAUUAAUUGAUUAGUUGUAAUAGUUAUAAUUUCUGCAUAAUUGGCACAACUUGGAAAAGAAAACCUGUCACGCUAGCCUUCGUCUAAAUAUUAGUUACUGAAGUAAACACAAACUAAUGCUAAUACUACAAUAAUGAUAUGAUUAUGCGAUAGGAAAGCAAAGCAAGUUCUGUACAAAGCCCAACUCCAAUUUUUGUAUGUACAAAGCGAAUGAAUACAGCGAGCGGCGGCGGUAAGGAGUUUACCCAAAAUGUAAAUCAAUCAAAAUACAAACAAAAAGCGAAAAUAAUAUUUUCUAAAAAUAUAAUUUGCGACUAGUAUUUUAUUUGAUGUUCGUCGACCCUUGGUUCCGUUCCCUUCCACCACAGCCCCCGACUGAAACUUGUUAUGUACUCGUAUCGUAUCGCUCACAAUUUUAAAACUGCAGCACGGGUUUCCCCGUCGACCCCUGCGUCAAGUUCCUAUAGAUUUCAAAGCGCAACAAAACGAAAAUCUGAAAUGUAUACGAAAUCACAUGCAAACCGGGAGAAGGAUAAAUUACAUUAGACAAACGCUAGAAUAUAUUGAAUAAAUACUAAAUAAAUGUUGAUAAAUG